GGCAAUGACAGUACGCUAGCUCUACUGCAUCUUUUUAAGGCACUUCAUUUCUUGGAAAGUUCUUAUGCUCUCACACUUUUCUAGCUGCUUACAUAUAAACUCAAAUUAGAUUCUGUUGCACCUUUUUCAAAUUAAGUUCCAGUUAGAAAAGAAAAAAGGCUCAAAAUACCAAUUGAUCGACCAGUGUGAUAAACCUAGCUACAUGGAAGGAAGCUGCAGCAGUAAUGUGUUGUCCAGGAUCACCCUUAGGCCUUUGGAUCUUUCGGACAUCGAUGACUUCAUGGUCUGGGCCACGGACGAAAAAGUCACUCGCUUCUGCACUUGGGAGCCUUACACCAGCAAAGAAGAUGGCAUUAAAUUCAUCAAGGAACAGGUUCUCCGACACCCCUGGUUCAGGGCAAUCUGCCUCGACAACAGGCCGAUUGGCGCCAUAUCUGUAGACUCAAAAUCGGGAAAUGAUCGUUGUAGAGGUGGACUGGGCUAUGUUCUGGGGUCCAAGUACUGGGGGAAGGGGAUUGCAACAAGGGCUGUGAAAAUUGUGAUCGAUACUAUUUUUAAGGAGUGGACACAUUUGGAGAGAUUAGAAGCUCUUGUUGAUGUGAACAAUGUGGGAUCACAGAGGGUCCUGGAGAAGGCCGGGUUCCACAAGGAAGGUGUUCUGAGAAAGUAUUUAGUUUUGAAGGGAAGAACUUGGGAUCUGGUGAUGUAUAGUCUUCUUUCUACCGAUCAAUGUCAAACUUGAUGUUAUAUUUGCAAUAAAAUUGUGUUUUAGCUUUUGAACA